CCAGUGGUCGCAUAGACAUCUGCUAUGAAUCAUUCAAUCCUGCGCUCCCUCCUGAGAGUAUCAUUAACUCCCGGAGCCUAUUGCGCCAGACCUGCCGCUCCAAUCCCUCUCCGGAACCCCUCGUCCUACCGCACGUCUCCAUUCUCUCCGCAUUACUGCAGUAUAUCCCGUCCUCGAAGAACAAUGGCCACUUCCAGCUCUCCGGCCAGCGCGCCGCUGGACCCUCGACCAGUGUUCUUUUUCGACAUCGACAACUGUCUCUAUUCCAGAGGGUGCAACAUCCACGAUGAGAUGCAGACCUUGAUAAACAAAUUCUUCGUCAAGCACCUCUCCCUGAACGCCGAUGACGCACACAUGCUCCACAUGAAGUACUACAAGGAGUACGGUCUCGCCAUUGAAGGUCUCACGCGCCAUCACAAGAUCGAUCCCCUUGAAUUUAAUCGCGAAGUCGACGAUGCGCUGCCCCUGGAUGACAUCCUUAAACCGGACCCGAAACUGCGCAGGCUGCUCGAGGACAUUGACCGGAGUAAGGUGCGGAUGUGGCUUUUGACGAACGCAUACGUGACCCAUGCGAAACGGGUGGUGAAGUUGCUGCAGGUCGACGAUUUGUUCGAGGGCAUCACGUAUUGUGAUUAUUCGCAAUUGCCACUGGUUUGUAAACCAAGCCAGGUUAUGUACGAGAGGGCGGAAAAGGAGGCGGGAGCUUCGAGCACGUCGGAGUGCUAUUUUGUUGAUGACUCGCAUCUGAAUUGUACCCAUGCCGCGGACCGGGGCUGGGCCGUAGCUCAUCUCGUCGAGCCCGGGCUGCCCCUGCCCCACGUCCCCGCCUCUCAAUACAUGAUCCGAAGCCUGGAGGAGCUGAGGAAUUGCUUCCCGCACCUGUUCAAAAGCAAGCAGGUUGCAUAGAAAGAUUAUACCCUCUACUAGAUAGAUUCCUAGAUGUGAACGGCCUCGUGUUUGAAGAUGUCACGAAGACUAUGAGCGACGUUACUUUAUGCGGACAUAGAGUUCAUAUAACGUUAACCUCGGGGUUGCAUGUAUUUAGUUAUGAAUUGCGCCUUUUGAACGAAA